AUGGAUAUUGUGGGCAGCGUCAUCGGCAAGCUCGGCGAGCUGCUCCAUGAGGAGUACAAGCUACAGAAGGGCCUGCCUGAGGAAAUCAAGUCUCUGAAACAUGGGCUCGAGAGUGCGCAGACGGCUCUCAGCAACGUGGGCGAGGUGCUACCAGAGCAGCUGGAUCCACAGGUCCGGCUCUGGGCUAGCAAGGUCAGGGAGGCGUCCUACGACGUGGAGGACAUCGACACCUUCCUCAUCGAGGUGGCUGACCCAUCUGAGGAGAAGGAUGGCCUGCUCAAACGUCUCCACAAGUAUAUUGCCGACUUGUUGAACAGGAGCAAGGCGCGCCACACCAUCGCCGUCGCCAUCGAGGACACGAAGAAGCGGCUCCAGGAGCUAGCUGACCACCGUAGCCGGGGAGCCUGGGACCUAGCAAUUAUGCUUCUCCCUGAUGGGGAUUCCCUCACUGAUUCAAGGUACCCGGAGAGAUUUUCUGACUGUGGUGGGUCAUCUGGUAGCUGGAUGGGUAAACCAAGUGAGCAUAGCAGGCGACUCCUCCAACUACUUGCCAUUGAGAUUGAAACGAUAUAUCUGCAUAUUGAGUUAUCUGAGCAGGAACUCUAG